CGAGCAGCACCGCAGCGCCACGCCUGUCACGGUUGAGUCCAAGCCUAGUGGGUGGAGGACAGAUUUUGUUUAUUUUCGUGGCUAGAUAGUCAUUCAGCGGGUUGAUGUUAACUGAAAAUACGGACAAAAUUUGAAUGAAGUGUUCUGGUUUGAACCUUUGCUUGAAGACUGGUCGGUGGUUUCAUAACUUCGUGGGAUGCUGGAUUUACGGGACAACAGAAGGGAAGGUUUGUUAGCGUGAAGCUGGUUAGCUCAUCUGCGCUAGCAAGCUAUCGACAAUAAGAUAGCCUGUCAGAUUUGAGGAAGAUAAAACUACCUUCACUCCAUCAUCUACGCGUGGAAUUACGCUGCUGCCCAGUUGGUUACUGUGGCUAAACGUGGGCUACUUUAGGCAAAGGACUAACUUCUUGUUGUCAUCACAACAACAAAAAACCCCAUAAAGGACGCAGUUGGAAAGCCCACCCAGUGCUGAAAACAGCGAGGCAAGAUGUCAAUCACAAACACUCCUACCAGCAACGAUGCUUGCCUUAGCAUCGUGCACAGCCUCAUGUGCCACCGACAGGGAGGGGAAAGUGAAAGCUUUGCAAAGCGGGCCAUUGAGAGUCUUGUCAAGAAGCUGAAGGAGAAGAAAGAUGAGCUGGAUUCUCUUAUUACUGCCAUCACUACAAAUGGGGCUCAUCCUAGCAAGUGUGUAACCAUACAGCGAACUUUGGAUGGACGCUUACAGGUUGCAGGGCGUAAAGGUUUCCCCCAUGUGGUCUAUGCCAGACUGUGGCGAUGGCCAGAUCUACACAAGAAUGAGUUGAAACAUGUAAAAUAUUGCCAGUAUGCCUUUGACCUGAAAUGCGACAGCGUCUGUGUCAACCCAUACCACUACGAGAGGGUUGUUUCUCCAGGAAUUGACUUAUCAACAUUGACCCUUUCAAAUUCAGGUCCACUAAUAGUAAAAGACGAGUUUGAAUAUGAAAACCAGCAGUCGCACGCCAGCUCUGAAAGCCACCUGCAGACAAUCCAGCAUCCUCCAUCCAGGCCGGUUCCACAGGAUACGUUCAGCAGCCCCCCUCUGCUUCCCCCGUCGGAGGGCAGCACUUCAGCUUCGUCUUCUGCUUUCUCUACCAUCAGUGCUGGACCAUCAAAUCCCACUCCCAACUGGAGCAGAAACAGCAGCUUCCCCCCAGCAGUGCCGCAACACCAGAAUGGUCAUCUACAGCAUCACCCACCCAUGCCGCACGCAGGCCAUUACUGGCCUGUCACCAAUGAAAUUGCAUUCCAGCCCCCUAUAUCAAACCACCCUGCUCCAGAAUAUUGGUGCUCCAUUGCGUACUUUGAAAUGGACGUCCAGGUUGGGGAGACAUUCAAGGUGCCAUCUACAUGUCCGAUUGUCACUGUGGAUGGUUAUGUGGAUCCAUCAGGAGGAGACCGCUUCUGUCUGGGUCAGCUGAGUAAUGUCCACAGGACGGAGAAUAUUGAAAGAGCAAGGCUUCACAUUGGCAAAGGUGUGCAGCUGGAAUGCAAAGGUGAAGGCGAUGUGUGGGUGCGCUGUUUGAGCGACCAUGCGGUGUUUGUUCAGAGCUAUUAUCUGGAUCGAGAAGCAGGGCGCGCCCCGGGCGACGCUGUUCAUAAGAUCUAUCCCAGUGCUUACAUCAAGGUGUUCGACUUACGCCAGUGCCACAGGCAGAUGCAACAGCAGGCGGCGACGGCUCAGGCGGCAGCUGCAGCUCAGGCGGCAGCCGUGGCUGGGAACAUUCCGGGCCCCGGCUCUGUGGGAGGCAUUGCCCCUGCCAUCAGUUUGUCUGCCGCCGCGGGAAUCGGAGUCGACGACCUGCGCAGGCUGUGUAUUCUGCGCAUGAGCUUUGUAAAAGGCUGGGGGCCCGACUACCCACGGCAAAGCAUCAAAGAGACCCCCUGUUGGAUCGAAAUCCAUUUACACCGAGCUCUGCAGCUUCUAGAUGAAGUUCUGCACACCAUGCCCAUAGCUGACCCUCAACCUCUUGACUGAAGUAAAAUUCAACAAACUGAUAAAAAAAAAGAAAAUCUAUAGAAAAUGUAAAAAAAACAAAAACCAAACAAAAGAAAAAUACUUUUAUCAUCAAACCACUCCAUCUAUAGGCCUGGAGUGAUUAAAGGAGGACUGCAGUCAUAUGAGUUCUGUACAGCUUGUAGUAGAAGAAUGGACCUAAAGACCAGCAAUAUACUCUAAACUGGAAAUAUGCUGACUAUAUUUCAGGACUUGAACACAUCACGGUAAUUUGAAAACAUACGAGAAACAUGCACAAUAAAGUGCUGCGCUAGUUAUUAACUUGUAUGAAUUAAAAAGAAGCAAUCAAAGUCUUCAUACUGAAUAAAUCAAAUAUUUUGAAUCAUUUAACUGCAAUGUGUCUGUUAGUCCUAAGUGUAUUUUAAUUGGGAGUAUACUGCUGGUAUGUUGGGUUAAAAAAGUCCUUCCCUCUCAGAUUGGGGCCCGUGUGGAAAACUGUAUGUUACUCAUGCUCUUGUAAAACAUCUUUAAAAGAAAAAAAUCGAUUUCAAAGCUAACAGUUUCUUUUAUAUCUUCUUUUAGGUUUAAAACAGUAAAUUUUAGAGCAUCUUUCAGCACCAUUUUAUUGUUUUUAACCACCAUGGAAAAGUAUUACUACACAUGUGAAUUGUUUUUCUUUUUUUUUUUAAACACAAUUUAAAACAUUUACACACCAACAGAAAUAUCAUCCUUUGUCUUUGGUUAGGUGUCCAUUAGCACUUUAUUAGUUUUUAUUUUUUAAGUUUUGUUUGCUGUAUCCAUGUAUUCUUAGUAUAGUUGAUAUUUCUACUUAUUACAGUCUGUGGAAGAGAGGAAUUUGCUGUAAACCCAAAAUGUCAAAUCUUUCAUACUGAAGGUGGUUUGGGUGGUAGAUUACAUUACAGUGGCUGAAAUGUAAGAAAAUGAGUGAUAAAUAAAUCAACAUAUGAACAAGUGUUAAAUGAACUGCGAGGAAGUGUAAGCCAUAACGAUAAGUAUAUAUUGGAGGCUAUAGGAAAUAACCAGACUGAGGUGGUUUCAGUAUUAAGUUUUUUUUUUCAUGUUUUACCCAGCAUGAUUGAUCAGAAUAUUCAAAUCUGUUAACCAACACUUGUGGCAGUAUUUUAUACACUUUUUUUCCUACCUAGCUGCAAAAUGUUAAAAGAAAAACGAAACUUCCUGCUCAUCUUUAAUGUAAUAAA